AUGUGGGAUCGAGAAAGACAAGCCUGGGCCGUCGUCUUCCUAGGCAACGUGCUGAUCAACACAGUGAUCGCCUCGCCGAUCUACGUUCCACAAUUCAUACCUGGAAGUACAGGAAGGAACAUCAGACACUUGCCCUGCGUUUCUCGACGAACCGGCGAGACCGGUGUUUGCAUGUUCGCGUUUACAUGCGCCAAGGCGAAUGGCACACACCUAGGCACCUGCAUCGAUCGUUUCUACUUUGGUAGCUGUUGCAAGAUCGACGAGGAACCGGAUAUUUUUCCGCAGGACAACAGUAUCGACGAUGGACCGCCUGCCAGGCCGUUCGUCACGACCCACGGGCCGAUCGAGAGUAACGACAUACCCGAGUACUUCUCAAGGCCGAAGCCAAUCAACGAGGAGAAACCAUCUGGUACAUACUCGACGGAGGAGACGACCACCAAGCAAUCUACACGACCGUUAUCGAGUACAGUGAAAGAAACGACAAAACUCGCGACGAAAAAGCCAGCAGUGCUGACGAGCGUCGAAACAACCACGCAACCGGUUCUAUUAUCGACCUUUCAAACUGUGCAGAACUCGUCGAGGGAAGAUUCGACGACAAAAAGUCCACCGUCGAGAGUCACGAGCAGUACUGUACAACCGGCGCAAAAACCGUCCAGCACGAUCAUGGAAAUCACGAGCACCACGAGCAAACCCUCCUCUACGUUGACCUCGUCCAUCACUUCGAGGCCAACGACACUGGAGACCGUGACAAAACCGCCGUCCACCGCGCAAACCUUUGCUCAAACAACCAAACCGAUAACCAAAAAACCAGUUCACACGUCCACCACUCAUAAACCGACCCAUUCUGUCACGUACAAGCCGAUUCACUCGACGAUUCACAGGCUCAACGAGACAACCACGCCUAAGCCCAUCCUUCAAUCGACCACCGAUCGAACCACCUUAACAACCACGUCGAGAACCGUGAUUACGACUACUCAGAGGAUCGUCCCUAUCACCAGGUUCCCACCGAGAAACACGACAACCUCGAAACCGUUGACUCAUGCCACGACCAAGAGACCGAUCACCAGCACCAGAAGACCAGCGAUCACCACGAAGAAGCCGAGUACGCACACGAAGAGACCUGUUACCACAGCCAAACCAUUCACAGCUACAAGUUUCGCUACGUCUACGUCAACGACUACGCCGAAACCGUUGUUAACGUCUGUCAAAGAUCGACCAACGACCCCUACAACCACCGAGACCGUCUUCUCGACAGAGACAAGGCCUCUAACGUCCACCACGGAGACUGUGACCGUUCAGAAACUCACCACAACCACUACUACAACAACGAAACCAGUGCACAAAAUUAAACCUACCACUGUUCGAACGACAACAACGAAGCCUUCGACGACCACUUCGAGGCCGAAACCAACGAAAAUCGGCACGACGACGACGACGACGACGACGACGACGACGACGACGAAAACGGUACCCAAGCCGGAUUACACGACGACCACCGAGAAAACGGUACCUCUGUCGUCGUUAGAUCCUUCCAGCUCGGCUGUUACGAAACCCAGACCAACGGUAGAAUCGACGAAACCAGCUAAACCGUUGAGUAAACCUAUCACGAGGCCGUCCUCGUCUACUACACCCUCGUCAGUUUUUAAUUCCACCGUGAUAACCAACACCAGUUCCGUGUCUUCGUCUUCCACGGAAGCUGUUGCUACCACCACAGCCACGUAUGCUACACCUACGAAAGUGUCGUCGAUCGUUAAUCAGACCACGGCCGAUGUCUCUCAGACGACUUAUUCACCUGGAUUGGUCACGUGGACGUCGAGUUCAGACGACACGACUACGAGAACCCCUGAAAUCUCGUCGACGACGACGACGACGACGACGACGACGACGACGAUCACGCAACCAGAUCAAACGGAAAGCGAUUGGACACCCAUAACCACGCCAGACGGAUGGAUCAUGAUUCAAUCGCCCACUACGAAGAAACCAGCUCAAACGUCGGAAGAAACGACCGAGAAACCGAUCUUAGAAUCGACGUUGCCACCGAGCACUUCCGCUAAGCCUACGACUGAAAGUACCACCGAGCGUGUAACGAAAAGGCCGACAAUUCUAACAACUUUAUCGAGCAUCGCGAGCGUGACGAUAGACACCGAACUUCCGGUACCAAUGGAAACGCUCAACAUGUCCGAUUACAAGCAAGUGUGCGGAAGAAGAUUGUUCCCGGAAUCGCGGAUCGUCGGUGGUAAUCGUAGCUCGUUCGGUAAAUGGCCCUGGCAGAUCUCGUUACGCCAGUGGAGAACGUCCACGUAUUUGCACAAAUGCGGCGCAGCUUUGCUUAACGAGAAUUGGGCUAUAACGGCGGCUCACUGUGUCGAAAACGUACCACCGAGCGAUCUAUUGCUGCGAAUCGGCGAGCACGAUCUUGCCAACGAAGACGAGCCGUACGGUUAUCAGGAGAGAAGAGUGCAAAUUGUCGCGAGUCAUCCGCAAUUCGAUCCAAGGACCUUCGAGUACGAUCUCGCUCUGUUGAGAUUCUACGAGCCCCUAUUGCCGUUCCAACCGAACGUUCUGCCUAUUUGCUUGCCGGACGACGACGAAAAUUACGUUGGUCGUACAGCUUAUGUCACCGGCUGGGGCCGACUUUAUGACGAGGGACCGUUACCGUCGAUGCUUCAGGAAGUGGCUGUGCCGGUGAUUAACAACACUAUGUGCGAGAAUAUGUACAGAAACGCAGGAUACAUCGAGCACAUUCCGCAUAUUUUCAUUUGUGCAGGAUGGAAGAAUGGAGGAUUCGAUUCCUGCGAGGGUGACAGCGGUGGACCAAUGGUGAUUCAAAGAGCGCGUGACAAACGAUGGAUCCUCGCGGGAGUAAUUAGCUGGGGCAUCGGUUGCGCGGUACCAAAUCAACCAGGCGUUUACACACGCAUCUCCGAGUUUCGUGAAUGGAUCAACCAAAUACUGCAGUUCUAAGCUCUCUAACCAACAAAUCGUCUCAACCUUUUCGGAUACGCAGAUCAAAUCUGGGUGAAAACCACAAGGAGCACGAUUACUCCAACGAUAUCGACUUCCGUAUAAGGAACGUAUAC